UUCCAUUGGCUGGGAAAACUCCGAGCUUGGAGUCCUGAUUGGCUGAGGGGUCUGAGGCGACAAAUUCCGGAAAGGGGAAGAGCAGCCAACAUGGCGGCGGAGCACAGCGCGGGCCAGCAACUGUCGCAGGAGAUGAUGGAGGUUGACAGGCGGGUCGAGUCUGAAGAAUCGGGCGAUGAAGAAGGGAAAAAGCAGAGCAGCCGGAUAGUGGCAGACCUCAGCGAGCACAGCCUGAAGGAUGGAGAGGAACGGGGGGAAGAAGAACCAGCAGGACAAGAGCUGCCUGUGGAUAUGGAAACCAUUACCCUGGACAGAGAUGCAGAGGACAUUGACCUGAAUCACUACCGCAUUGGAAAAAUUGAAGGAUUUGAGGUUCUGAAGAAAGUGAAGACUCUCUGCCUCCGUCAAAAUCUAAUUAAGUGCAUUGAGAACCUGGAGGAGCUGCACAGCCUCCGAGAACUGGACCUGUAUGACAACCAGAUCAAGAAGAUAGAGAAUCUGGACACACUAACAGAGCUGGAGAUUCUAGAUAUUUCUUUUAAUCUACUGAGAAACAUUGAAGGGGUUGACAAGUUGACAAAACUGAAAAAGCUCUUCUUGGUCAACAAUAAAAUCAAUAAAAUUGAGAACUUGAGCAACUUACGUCAACUGGAGAUGCUGGAGCUGGGAUCCAACCGCAUCCGGGCCAUUGAAAAUAUCGACACAUUAACCAAUUUGGACAGUUUGUUUUUGGGGAAAAACAAGAUCACUAAACUUCAAAACCUGGAUGCACUCUCCAACCUGACAGUCCUCAGUAUACAGAGCAACAGGCUGACCAAGAUGGAGGGUCUGCAGAGCCUGGUAAACCUGAGGGAGCUGUACCUCAGCCACAACGGCAUCGAAGUGAUAGAAGGCCUGGAGAACAACAACAAACUCACGAUGCUGGACAUUGCGGCAAACAGAAUUAAAAAGAUUGAAAAUAUCAGCCAUCUAACAGAGCUGCUGGAAUUCUGGAUGAACGACAAUCUCCUCGAGAGCUGGAGCGACCUGGACGAGUUGAAGGGAGCCAAGAACCUGGAGACAGUAUCCUUGGAGGGGAACCCCCUGCAGAAGGACCCACAGUACCGACGGAAGGUGAUGUUGGCACUGCCUAGUGUGCGGCAGAUCGACGCCACCUUCGUCAGGUUCUGACCCUCCUCGCCCUCACUUGCUCUUUCUCUCCAAAAGAACUUCCUGGCCACGGUUUUUUAAUCCACCCGUUGCUCCUGAAAUCAUCACUAUCAACGGUCACAACCCAAUGGCAAUAAAAAGGCACUGAGUGAUCACUGCCGUGUGUACUGCCAGUCACACUCUGGGAGGCAUUGCUGUUCCAUGCACCACACGGUAUCCCAUUGCUCUGCGUCCUCUCUGAGGGAGGUCACUCACGCAUCCGUGUGCUGCUGGGUGGGCAUUCAGGGGCCGUCCCAGUGGCCUGAAGCCUAUCAGCCCAGAGCUUCUAGUCUUUUAGACCAGUGAUGCCAGUGUUUUAAAAAUGAUAUUUUAAAACAAAACUGCGUAAAGGGUGGCUCAGCCCUACGUGCUGUGGCCCUCAGCUCUCUUAAAAAGCAAUGUCGUGUGCAGGCCCCGAUCUUCCUGUUCCCCCUGCCCCUGUGGCCCUUUGAGGUCAUGUUGCCACUGACAGAUGGUAAACCCACGUGAGGCUCCUCAAAGACUCUGCAAAGAGCUCACCUCUGACCACCUACAACAUUGUCUCCCAGUCUGACCCCAUCAUCGUGUUGACUCGUGUUUUAUAAAAUUUACCUCAACAGCCCCAGGGGUCUGAUUCAUCCUCGGGGUCUCAGAUUUCUCCUCUGCAGAAUGAGGACCCACACACAGUCACCACAGGUCCCUCGCUCCCCACUCUUCAGAGAUGCCCUGUCCAGUAUGGGAGCCACGUGCUGCUACUCAUGGCUGAUUCGGUUCACAGUUAACUUCGUUUAAAUAAAGUGGAAUUAAAAAUUCA